AUGACCCACGACGCUGUUUGGUUCUCUCGUCCUAGAAAGUUCGGAAAGGGUGCCCGUCAGUGCCGCCUCUGUGCUCACCAGGCCGGUCUCAUCCGCAAGUACGGCCUUGACUUGUGCCGUCAAUGCUUCCGUGAAAAGUCAGCUGCCAUCGGUUUCGUGAAGAACCGGUGA